GGAAAGCCCUGCCUAGCCAAUCACCUCCAGCAUUACGCAGUGAAUACUGUACACUGUACUACUAAGUAGUACUACUACUAGCAGUAUAGUCCCAGUAGUCAGUUCUCCAAUGACGCCUCAUGAUAAAACGAGUAACCAUGUCGGGACCUAAAUACUUAUACCCCCUCCACGCUCUAUAUUAUCUAUAUCCCCAACCCGAUCCUCUGAGCGACUCCACCUACCGUAAACAAGCACUAUUUGGUGCAGGGAUCUACAAUGAUAUGAACGUGCCUGAAGAAGUACAACACAAAAUGAACAUCGCUGUUCAAACCUCAGUGGAUACUUCGACCCUUGAAUCUUUAGCGUCAAAGCUGUAACGUGAGUCUUUAGAGCUCACCGUUCCUCAAGCCGGAGAAGGCGAAUGGACAAGUUUUCUUACACGACAUUGUAAAUGGUUUGAAGUCCACUAAUGUAUACUUACCAAUGAAUCCUAUGCCCAGGAGCUGAUAUCAUACCAGCCCCGGGUGUUGCAAGCACU